UGUUUGUUUGUUUUUUACUGGAUUGGGAUGUCCUUUUCCAAUAACGUGUUGCGCUUCACUGGCAUGGAGUUCAUGUACCUGGAUUUGGCUUCUCUGACAUAUGUACCAAAGGUUUGCCUCUACACGUCCUUGUCAAUAAUGACGCCUGCAGAAGGAGCAUCCACUGCCAUCUACGCUGCAGCUGCCUCCGAGCUGAAGGGGAUCGGAGGACUGUCUCCGUACAAUGGGCGCAAGAUGGAGCCUUCAGCACUUUCUUAUGACGAACGGCUGCACAGCAAGAUGUGGAAAGAAAGCUGUGCUCUAGUGGGUCUCCAGCAGAACUGAGAGAACAUCAACUCUGCGCUCCUGAUCACUAAGACCUCGGCCCUCAUCUUAUAGUUCAUAUAACAUCCGCCUGAAAAUUUUCUUUUUUAAGUUAGAGUCCACAUUUGCCAAAUUUUCAUUCUCUAAAACUGUCUCUUGGUCUUUAAAUCAUUUCAUUACCUUUAUAGUGUACACACAAGUCAUCUUUAAACAUCUUGAGAAUGUGUACCUCAACACAAUGCUAACAACUGAGCUGUUUUCUGUCCUGAAACUGCUCUCUUCCUCCUCACUUGGGACCUCGCUGAACACUUUUUCCCUGAACUAAGCAAAUAAAACAAUGAUUUUGACUAAUAAUCAAUUAUCUUGUUCUCUGCUAAACCUUGUUUUUGGGGGGUGCUUAAUGAAUCAGGAUUGUCGCAUUGGCUGUUCUGCUGAUUUUCUAUCGAAUUUUGACUAUAAAGACUAUAAAAACAAUCAAAGGAUAAAAUGAUUAUAUGUGAAAUCUCCAGCUCUCUAAACUGGACAAAUACCAGCCUGUCUCUGUUGAUUCUCUUUGUUUCUGUGCUGGGAUUUAGCAUCUUUCUUUGUUAGUAUACAGUAGUUGUAUAUCUUUAGUGGCGCCUAUGUUGGGCUACUCUGCCCAUCAGUCAGUGUCAUUCCUCCCUCUGCCUACCGCAUCUAUUUGUCUCAACCCAAACUGCAGAAGGGCUAGGCGGGAAAAACAUUCGUCUGGCUAAGCCCUUCAUUUUUCAUUCCUCCUCUGUGCAAUUGACCGUGUUUUGAAUCUUCCCCGGAGACAGCUGCCCUCCCACCAGGUGCCUCACCUACAGUACAAUCACCUUCUUUCUCCCAGAGGGCGAAUUUCAUCCAACUGUUCUGUUCGUGACUGUGACGUGCUGAGAAUUUGUGAUUCCAGUGUGUAAUAAUGUUGUGUAGGUGUUUUUUUUUUUCUCAAUAGACCUUCAAACUGAAAUAUUUUUAAUAUGUGCACAUAAGAUUUUUCUUUGAGAUGUUGAGUCUUUUCAAUAUAUUCAGGCUAUCCCUUUUUUAUGUAUUUAUUCAAGGUGGGUGUGCAAUAGCAAACCAGCUGAUUGAGUCUUGAAAUAAUGAAAAAUUUGAGAUGUCGCUUCAUAAAUACCAUUAUAUAAAAUUACUGUAAAAUAAGUUACUUUCUACCCGCUGGUGUCUGUGACAACUUGGAGGUGUCGUCUCAAGUUUGGCUGCUUUUGGUAAAGUGCUACUUUGACCCUUUUAAAUUCGAAUUUAAAUGUACUUGUGUUAAAUGUGCCUGUCAUUUGUGUGUUUUAUGUGGCGUCAGUCAUGCAGUUGACCAAUUACGUUCACAUAUAAAUAUCUCUCAACUAAUUCGGUUCCUUUUCUGUAUCGUACAAUGUAUGGGAUACAAAGCUAUUAGGUGAAAGAGAGAUGAAGAAAGUCACCCAUUUGCAUUGCUUUUGAGAAUUUCCUUUCAUCAUCGCCUAGUUUUGCUUAUUGUACUGUAAUUAUGCCCUAAUGGAAACUGGUUCCGCUGUAUUAAAAUUUUCCUUGCAUUAAAGGAAAUGUAAUUCACUUCCAUGCACAUAUAAUAAUCAUACAAUAGAUAAAUUAUAGGGUUGUGAUACUGAGAAAUACAUUUAUAUAAAUAUUUGGAAGCACCAAAUGGUUGAUGAUAAAUGAAUUGAGAAACAGUCUCAGUACAAAAUGUGCAAAGAGGAUUUUGCGUACUUGGCUCCUCAGCCACAUGCAUAAUGUUUCUGUCAUUUGUGUGUGUGAAAGAGAGGGAUGAAGACGGAGAAAAGAGUGCAGCAUCAUCUUGCCAGGAGACUCUGAAUUGUCUUAUCUUCAGCUCCUGUAGAAAACAGAGUGAAUGGGUUUCUCUUCUAAAGCUC